AUGCGAUGGCAGUUGACCCUUUUAGGGUUGUUGUCCAUUCUCGUUUGUCCAUCUGACUGUGCCGACCCGAAAUCGACGCCGGAACCGACCGGCGACCACGUCUGCACCGUCAAAACCAUGUUUGUCUUGUCCUUUUCCGGAUCAUUCUGUUGAUCAAACAAAACCAAGUUGCGUUAUGUAGUAGUGUCGCAUGCCUCAAAUAGCGGCCAUUUUUGGUUUAUUUGACACUAUAAAUUGAUACGUUUUUGAGUUGCUUUUUGGGUUGAAUGAGUAGUUUUUGAGCUUUCAUAUUAAUUUCGAAUUUUCAUAGUUGUCAAGUUGCUCAGUUAUUCAGUUUUUUUCGCUCGAAAAUUUUCGAGUUUUUCUCUCUACGGAGAUAUUUUUUUGCUUUAGUAAACUUUUAUUUCAAAUAUUUUCACCUAACUAGGGAACUACGCGAACUCGUAUGGAUCGAGUUCAAACUGUGAUGGUUUAAAGAUCUAGGUAAGGCUACUUGAAAACAGGCAAUAUUAUCUGCUAAACCUAAUAAGGUACCGAGAAAAAGCUUUUUAAAAAUGGACAGUUUAGGCUUGGAAAUUAUAAAAUUUCUGCUUUACUCCUUUUUUGGCUGGAAAAAAGUUAUGUAGUGUUUAUUAUAGCCGGAUCAUUCGAGGCGAUUGUAAUAAAGUAGGGAAUAAGAUUUUUUUUAAAACAGUGUUCUGAAAAUUUUCUGGCCUAAUCUGCACACCUUCUACAAUUUUUUUUCUCAGUUCUAUAUUGGGUUCAGCAGAUAGUGUCUCUUGUUUUCAAGUAUUCUGACUUAGAUCUAUAAACCACUAAAGUUUGAAAUUUGUUUCACUCAUCAAUCUCCUUUUUACUUUUCAAUCUUUUUCUCAUUAUCAAAUCUUUUUCGUGAUUACAGCAUUUUUUCAGCGUCGAUGACUACGAAUUGAAGAAAGUCUACCACACGGUGACGUACAACGACACGGAGACGUGUUUUUCGCCGGCGACCGGGUUCAAAUGCCAAGUCGAAAAGUGUGUGAUAAGUCAGGAUGGUCGGAAUGAAUCACGGGGUUACAGGAAAGGCGAGAAGGCCUCCUACCAGCGACAACUGGUCAAGAAGGAGAAAUACGUCAAGAAAUGCUGCAAGGGCUACUAUCAGACCACCGAGAACGUCUGUGCACGUGAGUCUUUUUUGGAGUUUCAUGUGCGGGGAAAAAGAAAUUUAUUGCGUGGGGACAACAGUAAUACAUGGGAGCUUGUCGCUUUUGGAAAAGAAAUUUUUUCUUCAGGGGUCAAUAAAUCGAUCAUUUACUUUUUUUUUUUUGUUUUACAGGGAAGGUCACUUAGCUUACUUAGCCGUUGGGAAAAAGGCCAGAACACUCCUCGAGGUAUUAGAUUAAGAGCCUGAAAAUCUCAAUCUGCACGACUUUCUCGUUUUUGGACACCACAAAAAUGAAAGAAAAACGAAUUAUUGACAUUUUUCAAAGCAUUCGAUGACAGUUUUUUCAGUUUUUCUCCUUCUGUGUACUCUGUCUUCGUUUGGCCUAAAUCUUAAUUGCGUAGAACAUGUGCCUAACUUUUGUACGAUAAUAUUAGAAUUUUCUGAAAUCCAUAUCACACGUUCUUUUUAAUGUAGAUCGACCCUUCUAAGAUCUUCAUUCAGCCUAUAAAAAAAUCUUUUGUCCAAAUUGCAAUAUCUCAAGUUAUACGAAAAAAAAAAUCUCCUAUUUCAGCUCAUUUUAACAGAAAACAGGUUGAGUUUUUUUUUUAGAUUUAUCCAUAUUUUUGACGAUAUCAUGUUGACUUUCAGCCGAUUGCAAGCCGCCCUGUAAAAAAGGACGUUGCGUUGAGCCGGACGUCUGUGAAUGCGACCCGGGUUACGGUGGAAAACAGUGCUCUUCUUGUAAGUUUUCAGGGAAUAACUGAAUUUCUGUUCUUCUUGUAGGUGAAUUGUAAGGAAAAACGUUUUUAUACUUAAACUAUCUUACCGGAGAUAAGUGAUAAAAAGCGAAAAAUAGAAAUCAAAACGGAAAAAUGAAAAAUGAGAAAAUUUGUAAAAAUGAAUUUUAUAGUCAUCCUAUGCAUAUCAGGGUUGCACGGAAAAGUUACGGAAAUAAAUUUUUUUGAAAAAGAAAUUUUAAUCGUAAAAAAUUCACGAUAGUGGACUAUAAGUGUUCAGAAAAUGAAAAAAAAUUAAAAAAAUUAUUUUAAAAAAAGUUUUCUGUAGAUAAAACCAUCAGUUAAAAAAAGACCAGAAACAUAUUUAUUUUCGGAUUUUUUUGGAUUUUUUUGAAAAAUUACAGUCGGCCAGUUCAAUUUAGUUGUUUUUGAUUUCUAUCGUACAACCGCUCCUGAUUUCACUGUUAUCCUUUCCUUCAAAAUACUCUUAAUCUCAUCAUUGUCAACUUUUCCCAGAACGAAAAAAAUUAUUCCAACUUGAGUAUUCCUCGGAAAAUCUCUUCCGUGCGACUCAGAUACACAUCCGUAGCAGAAAUCCUUUUUUGCGGGAAAAAGAGCCGCUUUUGACGUGUAGAAUAGCCACUCUGUCAUGCUUGACCUUCUAUUCGCUUGGCAAACAGUCAAUUAGCGGCUCUGGAGAUCUUCUACUUUCUCUGCAGAGAAAAAAAAACGACGAAUUUUUUUUUUCUUGAAAAUAAUAUGUUCACCCUACAGUUAAUAAUAAUAAGGUUUGACAGAGGAACCCUGAAAAGUUCAGUUGGAUCUAUAAUUUCAAAAAAUACAGUAUCCAACUUUUCAUCACAUGAGUAUUGAAGGAUAUUUUUCGAUAGUUUUCGAUAUUUUUUUUUUUUUUUGAAUAGAGAAACUAUAUAAAUGAAGUGCGAAAGGGAAAAGAUGAAGUAAGAGCGUUUAGAAUCUCGAAAAAUCCAUCCUUUAAAGGCAUAGGGGCAGUAAAAAACGGUGUUUCAGUUCAAAGCAGUACUUUGUAGAGCUUUUUAUUGCGAAUCGAACGGUAAACUUGAAAACGUACAGAACUUCCUAGUUUCGGAGAAAAAAUAAUUCAAAGUCGGAGAGAGGAAAGUUUGAGUUCCCGCGAAAAGGGCGUUUUGCAGUAAAGUUGCUCCAUGGACAACAGGCUUCGCCAUUUUUCGCAUUUUCGCUUUUUUCUUCGUUUCUUUCAAUUUUCAAUUUUUUCUAUUGUCACUAAAGUUCUUUUCGUCACAAAAGCUUUCUAUUCGUGUAUGAUUUGCAAACUUUGAUCGCAAAAAUGCUUUUCUGGUGAAAAAUGAUGACUUUACACAGGUUUCGAUUGGGAUAGCGAUUAUUUGUAUUUUCUUUAUUAUCAAUGUCUGUUUUCUGUUUUCUGUUUUCUUAAUCGAUUUCCCAGAGCAGAAUCCCUUAAUUUGAAGCAGAUAGCCGGUUAUUACACACAAAAUGCGAGUCUAAUGAGAUGUCCGCAACAUCGCGUGCACCGCUACUGUAAACAGUUAUCUGCAUGCCGAUCCAAAGCAUUUUUCAAAAUUAAAGGCGGGAAAGUAAAAUCGCGUUUUUCUUCUAAAGUUGAUACAUCUGUAAUUUUUUUGAGUACACCAUUCGAUUCGCAAAGAAAAACUAUAUAAGAUACUGCUUGCACCUGAAACCCCAUUUUUUACUGCCCCUAUGCCUUUAAUGGAGGCUUGCUUCAUUUUUUGUACUUUCUCUCUUAUUUAAGCAAAAAAAUUCUGCAAGAAAAACUCAGAGAAGCUGACUUUUUUCAUUCUAAAGAUCUGAUCGUGAUUUUUCUGCGCCCCAUGGAAAAAAUGGCUGCGCGAUUUUCUUUAUUAUUGGAAAUUUUGGAAAUACUUUCUUUUUAAAAUCAUGGCAAAUUUCCCUUUUUUUUUAGCAUACCUUUUUGAAAGAUCCAUUAAAAAUCAGCAGUAAAAUGACAAAAUGUGGUAAAAAUGAAUCAACACAAAUAUUAUUCCAGCUUGUUCUGUUGGUUUCUGGGGCCUUUCCUGCAAAAGAAAGUGCGACUGUGAAAACGGUGCCGCCUGCGAUCCUGAAACGGGAAAAUGCAUUUGCGAGUCAGGUUUAAACUGAAUAUUUUUAGUUUUCAAUGAACUUUGUUGAUUUUCAGGUUUUACUGGGGAGAAAUGCGAAGAAACCUGCCCAAAUAACCGUUGGGGGCCAAAUUGUGUCAACAAAUGUCCUUGCCAAAAUGGUGGAAAGUCGGUUUUUUUCAGAGUUUUACGAAAUAUUUUUCUGUUCUUACCACCCAUUUUUUUUUAUUCUUUUAUCUGUUUUGGAUUUUUCCCGGUUCAAUGGUUUUCAGUUCGAGCCUCAAGUUUAAAAAAUCUCAAUGUUUCUUGGGUUUUUUUCUGUUUGAAGUUUGAGUGAGAAAAAAAGAAAGGUAAAAAAAUUUUUUUCAUGUAGAAAUUUUUCAAACUUUCGUUGACAGUAAGAUCAAAGUUUAUUUAGGAAACUUUUUUAAAAUUUCUUAAAUUUUUUUUUGUUUAGUCAAGCUCAAAUUUUUUUGAGUAUCAAUUGGUUUUUCUGUCGAAAGCUACACAUAAGAAGGAUUUUGGAGCUUGGUAUAACCUUUUUUGAUUAGAUGAAUUUUUAUUAGUCUGUUUAACCUGGAUGAUUUUUUUUGUUGUUUUGUCUAAGAAGUUAUCGCGAUCGAUAUUCCAAAUGCGAACAUUUUAAUUUAAGAAAUUUAUAAAAUUUUCAAAAAUCGGCAACUUUCCUGAAGCAGUCUUCUUUUUUAUCCUCACUUUUAUUUUCCAGAUGCAAUAAAAAUGGCGAAUGUGUGUGCCCUAGCGGUUUUUCUGGCGAGUACUGCCUGAAUAAGUGCGAGGAGGUGAUUUUCAUUCGAAAAUCCAUGAUAAUGUCGAUUUUGAAGGGAACUUUUGGAGAAUCGUGCAAAUUCCAAUGCGAAUGUCUGAACGGGGCGACCUGCGAUAAUGUCAAUGGAAAGUGCAUUUGUGCGCCUGGAUUCACGGUUCGUUUCUGAUCAAUCUAAUUUUAGAGUUUUUUUUCCCUAGUUUUUCCAGAAAAGUAUAUUAGAUGUUAGCGAGAAUUUGAAAAGUGAGGAAAACUUGAAAAACUGGGAAGCCUCAGAAAAAAACGGAGAAGAAAUUCUUGCAUUAGAAAUAUAGCGCUAAUUGCAGGUCUUGAUAAUUUUCAGGUCAAACCUUUUAUUCUUGUUUGUUAUAAAAGUUUUAGGUGUAAUGUUAGUCAUAAAAUCAUUAAAAAAAAAGUGGAAAGCUUCAGAAAAAAGCUUGAUUUUUCUGCUGUAUAGACACUAUAUUACAGGUUUUGAAGAUUCUCAUUUUUUUUUCAAAACGAAAUAUUUUUGGGUUACUUGAGUUUCUACGAAAGUUGUGAAGAGGUCUAUUCACAUUCUACGACCUCCUGGUUUUUUUUUUUGACUUGAAAUUUUUGAACCGAAAAAAGAAGAAAAAAUAAAUCAGCCGCCCACACGCUCAUGUCAGUUUCAAACCUGGAACAAAGUACAGGCGAUAAUUGUGAUUUCUCUCUAUGAAGCGGUCUCUUCAUUCUCGAACUUUCCAGGGCGCCCUGUGCGAGGAACAGUGUGUCAACGGAACCUACGGCCAGAACUGCGCCAAGAAAUGCGAUUGUCUGAACAACCAGGACUGCGACCCGAUGACCGGCGUGUGCAUCUGCGUCGGCUGGAUGGGCAAGAAGUGCAUGACCGGAUGUCCUCGUGGGAAGUUCGGCCUCGAGGUGAGUCCAGCCAGAGCUGUCGGCGGGGCGACCAGACCCCCACGCAAAGUCGAAAUCAAUGAAAUUGUGGAAAAUAAGAUAAUACAAACUGGUGAAAAAAUUCAGAAAAAAGGUGCUAUGACAAGAGUGACUUCCAAAGAGUACUGUAUGUGAAAUUCCGCGUUUGGCCUGUGCACUUUGCGUGGUUGCACAUUGCGCGUGGUCCAUCUCCGCAUUUUUCCAUUUUUUUUUUAAAUUUUUUUUCUGUUUUUAACAAGUGAGUAGCAAUAGUUGAUGUAGUUCAACUUUUUUCUAUAGUUGAAGUUCAUUUCGAUGGAAUUUAAGGAAAAAAAUAAGUAAAAAAACGCGGAAAUGGGAGCACUCAGAACGUGCAAACGCGCCAAACGCGGACUUCCUCAUACAGUACUCUUUGGAAAAGAUUGACCCUUAUAGUAGCCCAAAAAAAAGCCAUUUUCUUUCGAAGAUGAGACCGCUUUGUCAGUCGGUUCCGCGUCAAUUAUUUAUAAAUAUUCAACCCUUUCUAUUCGAUCGACUUUUAAAUUGGAAUGAAUAAUUUGCAGUGCACAAAAGACUGUCACUGCCCUGGCCUCGAAUUCUCGGACUCCAACGCCUCUUGCGAUCCUGUCGAUGGCUCCUGUCAAUGUGAGCGCGGCUACAAAGGUCCGAAUUGCGACCAGAGAGGUGAUUCCAGUCUUUUGUAAUUUAUUGGUCUAUUCUUGAAAAAAGGUCUUUUCAAGUGAUAAAUCCGAUGAAAAUUGUAGAAUUUCGAAGUUUCUUUUUUUUGUAUUCCGAACAAUAUGCUCUCUAUAUCCCAAUACUAAAAACCGAUUACAAACCGGAAAAACCCUAGUGGCACCUUAAGAGGUUUCUCGGGGACUACUUGGAUCCACUAAAAGCACCUCUAUAGAAGCCAUUAAAUUGCAUCCUAGUGGCCCAAGUAAGACUUCUGAAGAGGCCUCUACUUUUAGACACUUAAGGGACCCCUUAUUCGACUACUAUAAUGGCCAAAAAAAACGUCAAAACCCUAUAUACUAAAAAUUGCUCCAGCAGUUUUUUAUCUCAAUUUAAUAAUUAUGUUGUCUAGCAGAAUACAAAAUUGGUUUCAAUAAUUUUUUCAGGUUGAGAAAUAUGAACGAUAUCAAAAAAGUUGAAUUAAAAAGGCUUUCAAAAAAAAAAAGUUAGGGUACUUGAAAACUAUCAAGUCGUAUCUUUUUAUUCCUCUUUUCCAUCCUUCCUAUUCAAGUUUGAAAUUGCAGUCUGCGAUGAGAACAUGUAUGGGGCUGAAUGCGGGAAACAGUGCACCUGCGUCAUGAACAACACCAUCAUGUAGGCCCAAGAUGCUUUUUUCAGAUCAUUUUCAAAUAAUAUCCGACUUUCCAGGUGCGUUCCCAGCACGGGUUUCUGUCGGUGCAAGCCAGGCUUUUUCGGCGAUAAUUGUGAACAAUCUUGUUCUAAAUAUACUUACGGUGAUGAUUGUUGGCAAGAAUUAAAAAAUCGAGAUCAGCACUAUCAUUCAAAUUUACUCAUCGUAUAAAAUUCUUAAGAAAAUUUAUCCUACAUGCUAGUUAGCUAUGAUGAAUCCAAGUUAAAAAUUAUGAUAUUUUUGAAGUUUCCUUCAAGCAGAAAAAUAAUCGAAAGGAUUUUGUAUACACUAUAUUCGAGAACAACAACAACGAAAACUCAGGUCCCAACUGCGAUAAGCAGUGCAAAUGCGAUUGGAGCGUGUCGAGCGAAUGCCACGCCGAGUCGGGCGCAUGCGUCUGCAAGCCCGGGAAAACUGGAGAAGAGUGGGUUUUGGGAUGCUUGGAAGAGUAGGCUAACAGUACUCUGAAAUAAAUUCACAAGAGAAAUUUGAACUUUUUCCCUUUUUUCUUCUUUGAAAAGGCAAGUUUUCGUCCGUUUCAAAGUUUUUUGGCAGCUUUCCAAAAAAUUGAACCAUGAAUGUCCAGGAAAAGUAUGAAACGCUUAGAAAACAACCGGAACCGGAUAAAUUGUAAAGUUUCUGGAAAAAUAUAGGCGAGUUGAGUAUUUGAGUGACUGUUUAUCCCUUAUGAAAAAAAGAAUAAGGUUAAACCUUUUUUUAUUUAAAAAAAAGUUUUAUAAUUAAAAUAUUUCACUUUUUACUUUUUGAAAAAAAGUAUAAUGAUAACGUCAAAAAUGAUUUCUUUUUUUUGCAGCUGCCAAAUACACUGUCCACCCGGAACUUUCGGCCUCGAUUGUGGCAACAAAUGCGAAUGUUCCAACGGAAAAUGUAAUCACGUGGAUGGAAGUUGUCUCUGUGACCCAGGUUGUGAAGAGAAUCGCAGGAUUGAGUUAAUCAACGAGUUUUGAGGAUUCGACGGCGUGACUUGCGCGUUUUCCUGUCCGGCCGGUACCUACGGGAGCCCCUGCUCGAGCUGUCAGUGUAGGAAUGGCGCCGGUUGCAACCCGUACAACGGAACUUGCGCCUGUACCUCAGGUAGGGACUUCAAUCGAGCAACGUCGAAAUUUCUCACCAUAAGAAACGUAUUGAGAAAAAAGCAAAGGGAAGAAAAAGCGGCGCGCCGUAGCGCAACAAGUUGUGUGCCUGUCUACGGUCCAUAGGUUCACAAGUUCAAUCCCCACAGCGAACCAACCAAGGGGCUCAAUAUAGUCCGUUCAGAUUUUGAAUUUCAAGUAGAAUGACGUCAUUCGAAAACGCUCUGUGGAUGGCUCGCUCUCUGAUUGGUUUAUCGCGCCAUUAGGGGGCGGAGCUUGAGCGAGGUCUUGACAUUUAAAAUCUGAACAGACUAUAAGUUUUGGUUGUGGGAAACCAGAGCUCCACAAACCGUCUCUUAGUCCGUUGACUUCUCUGCGCCCUCCUCCUCUCUCGACGACCCUCUCUUUUUGACGUGCUCUUUUAAUGUUUCUCUGACCUCGCUGGUGAGGGAACAGAGAGACGCAGACAUUUGGAAACUUUCCAGUCGCGGCGGACGGGCUGUGACCUCCACUUGAAUAAACUGAAGUAGUUUUUCAUAGAUUUAGAAAGCUGGAGAAUAAAAUUUUCCCUUGAACAUUGCUCUUUUCAUUUCCUUUUUUUCAAGGUUUCACUGGCCCUCGUUGUGAGACUUCUUGUCCGGAAGGAACUUACGGACAAAACUGCGCUUCUCACUGCAAGUGUGCCAAUGGAAAAUGCGACCCGAAAACUGGAGUUUGCAACUGUAAUCGAGGCUUCAAAGGUACCGUCUCCUCGAUUAUUCUUUUGUUUUUCUGAAGGUGCUGUGUUCACAAUUGCCAUAUGACAUAUGGCAAUUGUGUGAAACUUUGUCAAAAUGAAAGAAACAAACUUUGAAGCGGAAACAGAGCAGUAUGUUUGCGAAGUCUGUUUUUUUGGCCUUGCAAAUUUUUGCGCUUCAAAAAAAUCAGCAACGGUGUCUCGAAAUAAUUCUAAAUUAUCUGAAUGAUGAGUUCCUCUCACAUCAUUAUCAACAAACUUUAAUCUUCCAGAAUCAGGAUCUCUUUUAUUUGCAUCAGAAAUGUGCAGGACAUUAAAAAGAAGAAUUGUUUCGAACCACUAGUAGUCUUCCAGAUUGAUGGGCUCUUCUAUUUUGUUACAUGUUUACAGGAGAUCGUUGCAAUACACCUUGUGACGCUGGAAAGUACGGCGCUUCCUGCGAAUUGACGUGCGAUUGCGGCGGCGGGUGGUGCCAUCCGGAAACCGGAAAGUGCAUUUGUCCCAUCGGGAAAACGGGCAACUCUUGUGAACAAGGUGAUUCGGGAGGAAGUUGGGAAACUAUGAAAAAUUGCUGUAAGGAAAGCAGCCAAAAUUUGCUGAUCAAUAUGUUGAAAAUGAACGAUGCUAAGUUUUUUCUAAAGUUAUUACUUUCUGAAACUUAUAUUUUUAAAUGAUACCGGACUUCACGGUUGUUUGUAGUUUCUCUAAAAUUCAUUUUCAUUAGACCAAAAAAAGGAAAAAGUUCUUCGUUGAUAACUUAGUUUGAAUUCAUUCAAAUUACAUAUAUAAAAGCCCAAUUUUUGAGAUUGCUCGAAUGGAACGUAUGGCUGGGAUUGUCAAGAGAAGUGUUCGAGCUGUACUGAUGGAUCUUGUGACACGAAAACGGGAGUUUGCUUGAAGUGUCCUCCUGGAAGGUUUCGAGCUACAGGAAAAAAUUUUCAUCGAGUUCGAAUAUUUCAGAUCUGGUGUGAAAUGCGAGCAACUGUGUCUGCAAGGUUAUUACGGCGAGGGAUGCGAGAAAAAAUGCGAUUGUGCCAAAGGACAUCGGUAAGCAAGUCAAACAACAUAUGAAUAUUAAAAAAAAUUUUUUUUUUUCUAAUUUUGCAAAAGUGAACUUAAGAAAAAUAGUUUCUGUUUCUCUCUAAGUUUUUUAAAAGUUCUCUGAAAAAUUUUAAAGUAUUCGGUUUUUGGAAAAUUGAUUAUAUAUGAAAGUUCAAGCGAGUUUCCCCGAAACUCUAAGUUUUAUCUGAAUCUUUGGUGGAGAAAAAAGAAACAAGGUUUUGCAAACGUUUUGUUCAGGAAACAUAGGAAUUUCUCCGAAUUUUUACAACCUUUUUCGUAUUUUCACUUGUCCUUUGCAGCAAGCAUGAUUUUUUCCAACCCAAUUUUAUUAAAAAAAUUUGGUUUCCAUGUAACUCCUCAUAACGAAAUUGAUAACUUAAAUAAUGAAAUGAGCAAAUUUUAGAGAAAGCUGUAAAAACAUAUCAAUUUACUCUGGAAUUGUAGUUGAGCUGAAAAUUUUCUUUAUUGAUUUAUUGAGAGACUUCACCAAUUCCUUGAAAUUACCCUUUUUAUCUUUUUUCUCUAGAUGCAACCCCGAAAAUGGUGACUGUGAAUGUGAGCCUGGCUAUGAAGGCGAUUCCUGUGAUAAGAGUAUGUUGAAAUUGAUUUUUCAGUUGAACUUUUCAAAAUAUUUCAGCCUGCGCGGCGGAUAAAUGGGGUUUCGAGUGCAAGUAUGACUGUCCGAGGUGCGAGAACAACGGAAAAUGCAAUUCCUUGGGCGGAACUUGCGUCUGUGCCGCCGGCUUCGAGGGUCGCCAUUGCAGUAGAGGUGCCGUUUGUUUAUGAAUUGGAAACCUAGAAAAGUUAGAGAGUCCUUUUUUCCAGAUGAGAGAAAAAAAUGAAAACAUUUUAAGUUGAUUUUUAUUACCUAGAUAACCUUCGCUUUUAAGUUUUCAAAUAUAGAGCUGAAAAACUCCAAAAAUCGUAAAAUUAAGGUUCUCUUUUGAAAUAUCAAUCAAGUUUUUCCUGAACUUUCAGUUUAAGUGAUCCUUUUUGUCCAAGCUGCUUUCAUCAUAAGAUUCACGAAAAUCUAGGAAAAUUAAGCUUUCAUCCUUAAAAUCGAGAAAAUUCAGGUUCUUUGUGCAUUUUUUAAAUUUCACAAACUUUAUCAUUUUUUUGAAAAAUGUCUUCCAAAUUUUGUAGAUGCUUUGAAAUUCAAAACCCAGUUUGAAAUUUUUCCGGUAGAGUUUCAUUAGAACUUUUUCACAUGUGAAGGGGUUAGAGCUCUGAAAUGAUUGUCAAAAUUUUUUUUUUGGUGAGUUUUUAAGCCUAUGAAGAUCCAGAAAGCGUUUUUGAACAGUUAUGAUCGAAAAAAUAAAAUUGCUGCCUAUGGUCUGCUGUAGUCGUCAAAAGCAACUCUUCAAUCUUUUUUUCAACAGUUCUUAUUUUCCAACAUUUUGACCAAUUAAAAAACAAAAAUUCGAACAUAUACGUUUACCUUAUUUCUUUAAAUCUUCCUAAUUUACCUUAUUUCUGAAUUCCUAAUUUUCUUCAGAUAAUCUUGCUUCUUUCAGGCUGCCCUGAUGGAAAAUGGGGUCCUAACUGCAACAAGCCUUGUCAAUGCUCCAGCGAGUACAAGCAGUGCAAUCCGACGACCGGCGAAUGUUCCUGUCCAUCCGGUACGUGACGUCACGACCGCUCUCCUGCAAGUGUCCCCUCUAGGGUGGAAAGGCGACCGAUGCGACGUCCCCUGCGAGAUGUUCUACUACGGACCCGACUGCGUCAAGAAGUGCAAAUGCAAUAACUUGGCGACGUCGACGUGCAACGCCGUCACCGGCUCUUGUCAAUGUCAGGCUGGCUUCACCGGCGAAUUCUGUCAUGCUCGUGAGUUUAGAAAAUUUUGUGAAACACCAGCGUAAAAAAAACGCAGAAAAACAAGAUCUGGAAACCUCAAUACCCAUUAGAAAUCUGAAAGUAUCGAUCUUUCGGUUUUUUUUUUUCAGUCAAGCUAGUCAUUCUAAACUUCAAAAGGUCGUAUCUUGGUUCAAAAAGCUCAGAAUCGUGUGAAGUCAAGUUUUUAGGCUUUUCAAGGGGCCAUCUCUCAUUUAGAACCAUUUGGUACCCUUAAGAUCAAUUAGGAAUCGGAAACUAUCGAUUUUGCAAACGCAACCUUUUCAUAAUUACUACGUUAAUCGACUCAAAUCGGAACGGCUUCAGUAUGUCCGCUGGGAACUUUCGGCGUAAGAUGCGCCAAGGAGUGCGGCGAUUGCGGCGACGGUCAUCAGUGCGACGCCGCCAUCGGCUGCUGUCAUGUCGAUCAAGUCGGAUGCGGUGAUGCCGGUGAGGACAGAUUUGACCUUCAGAUUAGGUCAUUUUAGUUGUGGCUCAGCAAUCUGGGACCUCAAGAAAAAAAUAAUAAAACAAAAGAAAUAAAUAAAAAAAUAAAUAAGAAAUAAAUAAAAAAAGAAAAAAAUUUGCGAAAAAAAGGGUCAUCGUUGAGAUUUUUGUGUGCUCUAUUGAUAAGGUAUGAAAAAGUAGCUUUAUAUACUAUCCCUAAUGAAGUUAUGAAUACAAUUUUUUUUUCUCAAAAUCUGAAGCAAGCUUAUGCUAUCAGUUUUUUUCUUCGAUUGACAUAGAAAACUUUUAUUUCAAAGAACAAAACUCUAAGAUAUGCGCAAAAUAUCCAUCGGCGCAACUUUUCAGCCAAAACGUUCGACUCGCUGAGCUCCUCGAGAACCUCCGGCUGGCUCAUUUUCUUCCUGAUCGUCCUCAUCUUCCUCGGAUUGGUCUGUGCCGCCGCCAUGUGCAUCUACCGCAAGAAAUACAACAAGGAGAAGUUCCCGGAUGCUCCUACAGUCAAGUAAUCGAACAUCAAUGAUGUUCUCAUCUUUGUCCCCUUUCUCAGGUUCACCAGUGAACCUCAUCGAGAGGCCGACUUCAACAAUCCUCUUUACCUGCAGCGACAGUCCGUUUUCGAGACGGACAUUCAUGCGAUGACGGAGGAGGAGGAAGAGCUCGAGAACCAGAAAGUCAGGAAUAGAGCUCCCGUCGAGCGCACUCAGAGUGAGUUGGAGAGUUGAGAAAAGUAGAUUUUUCCUGAGAGUUUUUCCUUCAUUAAAUGGUUAGUAAAAGACAUGAUGAUAGCGCAAUUUUUUUAAAAUAAAGUUUUAUUUUUUUCUUUCUGGAUUCUACUGAAAGUUGAGGAGAGUAUUUCUUGGUGUACUAGAUAAAUAACCCGAAAACCUUAAGAUCUUACAUAUUUUUUUGAGAAAAAAAUAUGCUUUUUCAAAAAUUCCCUUGAUAAGUGGGUUUUUAUUUGGUGAAUUGAUCCAGGUUCAGAAAAGCAAACUUCGCAACUUUUAGAGGCCUGAAAAUCAAGUUUCGUUUGUCAAUAAUCAAUUUUUGGCUUUCAAUCUGAAUUUUUUGAUACAGCCUGAAAGCUUUCAGCAUUUUUGGAAGUUGAUUGAAAAACUUAUUUUUUUUUGUAUUGGUCUUUCAAAAAAGAAAACUUAGAAUUUUCUUUCAGCUCUUCUUAGAAACUCAGUUUUAGAACUCAGAAGUUCCUUAGUCCGUUCAUUUCAUCUUGAAAGCCUUUGCAGACGACUACGCGAGUCUGGACGAGGUGGCGGGUCCGUCGCGGUCUGAAGGUGCGUCAGUUAGACUUCCGCUGCUUGACUCGGGACUCCCGAGCUAGUCUGUUCUCGACGGUGCAUGAUUUUCUGUCUGUGUGUGGCUGUUUCAAUUAAUGCAUUUUGUACUUUUGCUUGUAUUUUUUUUUACCAUUAUUCUCAAAUUUUUUCAUUUCAUUUUCACUAACUUCACUUGCCCAACCCUCCUUAACAAUUUUUAUUUUUAUUUUCAUUUUCUAAAGUUCAGAUUUUUUUUACUAGCAAAUCAAAUUCUUAAAAAAAUUUGCAAAUUUUUCAAUAUUUUUCUACGUUUCCCGGAAAAGGGAAAUUGAAUCAUUUUUCUCAUUUCCGUUUGCACGAUUGUAAUCUGCACGCAUCACUUUCUCAUUCAGAUGUACUCGAAUCGACUAAUUCCCGACGAUUUUUCAAAUUUUUUUUGCUUUCAAUACGGUAAUCUGGUGACUGUAGCAUGUGGUUUUUAUAUUUUUCGAGCUUUUUUUUUAUUGAAAUGACGUGUACGUUUUCAAAUGCUUGUGCAAUUUUUAACGGUUUGGUGAUGGAUUCUUUUUUUUUUUUUGAGAGAAAUUGUAGGCGUAACGUUUUGGAAAGCAUGAACGUGUUUUGAAAGUUUCUGUGGGAAUUUGAGAUUUUUUUUUGUUGGAAAGGGAUUAUUUCAAACAUUAAGUGAAAGAAAAUUUACUAUUCUUGACAGAGGAAAAAUAAAUCGCACUAUUUUUCAGUUUCAUACUGAUUUGAUUGGAAUUCUAUAGAAUUUAAGGAAAUUUGAAAUAUUCUCAAUAUAAUAACAUGAAAUCCGAUUUCCUUUUGACACGAUAAACAGUGAAAUUGAUAGAUUUUGAAAAUUUCCCUAUAAGAUUUAGGACCUCUUAAUUUUUUGUUUGAAGUUUUCAAAUUUUCAAUCAAAAGUCGGAGAAUUCCCAGGGCUCAAAAAAACGUCAUUUCCAAGCAUUUCGUCACUUUUAUUUGUUGAUAUUUAGUAUAGAAGAAAAAGGAUAAAGUUUCAGAACGAUCGCCAGAACCGUCAUACCAACGCGAUAAUAAGGAAAAUGCCAAGCGUUUUGAGAACUUUUAUUCGUAG